AGAAUUUCUAUAAUAUAAUGACUAAACUAUAAAUUUCUGUUCAAAGUAAGUGUCAGAAGGCUACAAUGGAUCCAAAUACAAAGUUUUAUCCCUUGAUUAGUUCGAUUCAGAAGGUUGCAUUGUUCGAAACAAAAACGAAACUUUACCUAAUUGGAAGCAACAGCCAAGAAACUCGUUUCCGCCUGUUGGAAAUCGACCGCAAAUCACCAGAGCUAUCGAUUCACGAGAAUGCACACGAACUGGAAAAGAGCGAUAUUCGCAAAUUUGUCCAGUCGAGAUCUUUCAUACGAUCCAUCAGUGCCUAUGGUGUGCUGGGAUUCAUCAAAUUCCUCGAAGGAUAUUACUUGAUUCUGGUGACCAAGAGAACCCGAUGUGCAUUUAUAGGGAAACACAUUAUCUACACGAUCAAAGACACGGCUAUGAUUCGGGUUAAUGAGGCUCCUGUUGGAAAGCAGAUUCAUCCCUUGGAGCAACGUUACGUGAAGAUGUUCAACAAUGUGGAUUUGAAAAGUAAUUUCUACUUCAGCUACAGCUACGAUUUGACUAGGAGUUUGCAGUAUAACGUUUCGACGCCUAAGUUUGUCGGAAGCCGUAGUGAUAUAGAGCAGGACGAACCGUUAAUGUGGAAGAACAAAGCCGGUGAGAAGACCACCUAUGCGUUUCGUGGUGUAUCUCGGGAUAGGUUUGUGUGGAAUGCAUAUUUACUGAAACCGAUGGAAGGAAUUCUGCUCAAGGAUUGGAAGUUGGAAGUUAUACAUGGGUUCAUCAGCCAAUCCAGCAUUAGCAUCUUCGGGCGACCUAUCUACGUGUGUUUGAUUGCAAGGAGAAGUACCCGGUAUGCUGGAACCAGGUUCUUGAAACGAGGUGCAAACUAUUUUGGAGAUGUUGCCAACGAAGUAGAAACUGAACAAAUUGUACUCGAUGGGACAAGAAUGUGCAGCUUUACACAGUUGCGAGGUUCGGUUCCUUCCCAUUGGUCGCAAGAUGUUAGUAAAAUGGUUCCAAAACCUCAGAUUGCACUUGAUCUGUCCGAUCCGUAUGGAGAAACGUCCGGGAAGCAUUAUCAACGGUUGAUGUUUCAUUACGGAGCACCGAUCAUCAUACUCAAUCUUGUAAAGAAACGAGAGAAGCGAAGACACGAAAGUGUGCUAAGUAGUGAGAUGGUUGCGAGUGUCGAUUAUUUAAAUCAAUUCUUGCCUCCACAAUUUCGAAUAAAGUACAUUGACUUUGACAUGGCUAGAAAGAGCAGAGGCAAGGGCAGUGUCAUGGAAAGUUUAGCUAAAUAUGCAGAGAACGUAAUUCAGCAAACCGGUAUGUUCUUCCUCGAUGAAGAAACAACUACGCAACAAACGGGUCUCGUGCGGGUUAACUGCGUUGAUUGUCUGGAUCGUACCAACACUGCUCAGUUUGCCAUUGGAAAAUGUGUCCUUGCCCAUCAGCUGUACGAGCUUGGAUUUCUGAAGGAAAGGAAAUUGGAGUUUGAAUCCGAUUGUGUAACUAUGUUGGAGAAUCUCUAUGAAGACCAUGGUGAUACGCUGGCUCUGCAAUACGGCGGUUCCCAGUUGGUCCACCGUAUAAAGACCUAUCGCAAGACAGCUGCUUGGGCUUCCCAAGGAAAUGAUAUUAUACAGACCAUAAGUCGAUAUUGCAGCAAUACGUUUAGCGACACGGAAAAACAACACAGCAUCAACCUGUUUCUGGGUUACUACAUUCCAUCAGAAUCUGAAGUCAACAAACCUACGCACAUCUGGGAUCUGGAGACCGAUUUCUACAUCCACAACUCACGUGUGGAUGUGAUACGGCAAAUCUCUCCGGAACCGUUGACUCAAUGGGUGAGACCGUUCGUCAUGAAACACCUCCCCUACUCCACUAGCGACAAUCAUCGCGUUGUCAAUGAACUUAUCAAAAUUCAUUCCACCGAUGUGGAGAUCAUCGAUUACUAUUCCAACUUCUACUACAACUUCAAACUGACAUCAUUCGAAGAGAACAUUGCCUAUCAGUUGUCGCUGCUGGCGAGAAACUUUGUACCGACAUUCCGUACAAACUUCAGUCCUUUCGAACCGAUCCGUAGGCGCGAAAGUGCAGCAAUCAAAAAUCCUUCCCUGACCGGUCAAUCCUCGACAAGCUCCACCAACAGCUCGUCGUCCAGUUUGGAUGAGGAUUCCGACUCGGAGGACGACGACCGAAGCAUUCGGAAUACAGCUCCCAAUAGCAGUGCCAACAGCAGCCGAGCCGAAGAUCCAGUCACUAUUAGCAGUAUGUUCCCAAUGACCGGGGACGUUUAUGGGUUCGAACUCAAAGUUCCAAAGAAAGCGGAUAUGUUGAAAUACCACAAGUACGUCCAGAUGAAUCGAAUCUGUAAUCCGCAGAACUACGCCGGAGUGAAGAAUGAUUCACACCAGCAGCAGCAGCAAUCAUACUUGCAGGGACAACAGCCGGUGGAUGGAAUUGUGAUACAGAACAAUGAAAUCAACUUUCGAAAAGAUGGUUCUCUAUCGAUUUCUCAGAAAGACAUUGCAAUACCGACGGUUAGUACCGAGAGUAUUGCCAUCUACGAAAAAUAUUGCAAUAUGCGACAGUCUUUAAUGGAGCCCAUGAACGUCGAUCCGGUUAUUAUGAAGUAUGUGAAGACGUACGUUUGAAUGUUAAAUAA